AUGUGCUGCCACUGGGAGUCUCCUGCCUGUGCCCUGAGGCAGGCAUUCAUCUCCAGUUUCGCCGGUUCCUGUGCGGCCCCUCCCGGCCCCCCCCCCCCCCGGGGGCGAGCAGCUGAGAUAGCACCACCUGCUGGCGAUUCAAGCAUCUGGCGAGGCCCCAAUGUGAACUGCACAGACAGUUCUGGUUACACUGCUUUACACCAUGCAGCCUUAAAUGGACACAAGGACAUAGUUCUCAAACUACUUCAAUAUGAGGCAUCAACAAAUGUAGCAGACAACAAAGGUUAUUUUCCUAUUCACCUGGCAGCCUGGAAAGGAGAUGUGGAGAUUGUGAAGAUUCUUAUUCAUCAUGGACCAUCACAUUCUAGAGUCAAUGAACAGAACAAUGAAAACGAAACUGCCCUACAUUGUGCAGCACAAUAUGGACACUCGGAAGUAGUUGCUGUUCUCCUAGAAGAGCUCACUGACCCUACAAUUCGGAACAGCAAGCUUGAAACCCCUCUGGACCUGGCAGCCCUCUACGGACGGCUCAGAGUGGUCAAAAUGAUCAUCAGUGCACACCCUAACUUAAUGAGCUGCAACACGCGCAAGCAUACCCCGCUUCACCUUGCUGCGCGCAACGGUCACAAGGCAGUUGUUCAGGUGCUGCUGGAGGCAGGAAUGGAUGUGAGCUGUCAAACAGAAAAGGGGAGUGCACUUCAUGAAGCAGCUUUGUUUGGAAAGGUGGAUGUUGUCCGAAUUCUGUUGGAAACAGGAAUUGAUGCCAACAUAAAGGAUAGCUUAGGUAGAACUGUCUUAGACAUUCUGAAGGAACAUCCAUCUCAGAAGUCUCUCCAGAUUGCAACACUCUUACAAGAAUAUUUAGAAGGCAUGGGAAGAUCAACUGCCCUUGAAGAGCCUGUGCAGGAAGAGACAACACAAGAAACACACAUUUUCUCUCCUGUUGAGUCUCCUUCCCAAAAGACCAAAAGUGAAACCGUGACUGGAGAAUUAUCGAAACUCUUGGAUGAAAUAAAACUCUGCCAAGAAAAGGAUUAUUCUUUUGAGGAUUUGUGCCACACAAUAUCAGACCACUACUUAGAUAAUUUGAGCAAGAUUUCAGAGGAAGAACUUGGGAAAAAUGGAAGCCAGAGUGUAGUAAGUAAGGGGAGAAAUGAAGACAAUGCAUCUGUCUUUGCCAGUUCAGUAUGUACACCUAGGAGACAUGGGAUUUGGUACUUUAUCAGAUUCUGCCAAUAUCAGAUGUCAAUCACUCUUUUUCCUUGAUGUUCAUGUUUAUUCUAACUGCAUGUGUAGGAGAAGUAGUGCUUUGAUAAAUUACUUAUAGUUUGUGAUUGUCUUUCUACUGUUAGACUUUCUCCUAACUCAUGGAUUUAUAGUGUUUUUGAUAUUAUUCUUUUAGUUUUACUGGGCAUAAUAACAUUGGUUCUCAAAGGAAGAAAAUCUUCCUUUUGUCUAUCUUCCCCAUUUUCUCUAUGAACUCAGUCUAACCCCAUCUUUAAAAAAAAAGAGUUGAGCCAUUUGUAUAGUUCCUCAGUCAAGUCUUAAGUCAUAAUAGGAGAGAGACUUUGGAAAGUUCAAUCUGAGUUAUUUUUAUAAUAUUAUGUAAAUCCCAAGAGGUUCUGCUCUACAAGCUGAGACUCUAAAGCAUGAGUUUGAGAUUCUUACUCACUCGGAUUUUUAUAUUAACAAAGUAGCAAGAAAAACUAUAGAGAAUCAAUCGGUUUAAAAGAUUUGUAAACCUACUUUGUGUCCUACAGAGGCAGGAUUUAUAGUGUGACUUGGUAUUAAAGGAAUACAUUAUUAUGAUAUAAAUCACUUUUAGAAACUUAAUUUGUUACAGAAA